AUGGAAAGAUUGGACCAGCAGCAUCACCGGAAUAACAACACUCACAUUCCCUUCCUUACUUGUGAAGAAGUUCCAGUACCUAUAACUUUAAGAUUAACGAUGGACUGGAGGAUAGGUUUCGCCACCCUCCUCAUGGCGUUAUACGCGGAUGCCUUUUCGAAAUAUGGACGAACGUGUAAAGACAUCGGAUGCUUGAACAGCGAAGUAUGCGUUCUCGCUGAGGACCCAUGCACAUACGGAAGCUCAAAUUGCGGCACAUAUCCCACAUGCAAGAAGAAGUCCAAAGUAGAAGGAUCACACUCGGAGCCAGCUCAACCAUCAAUUCCGAAACCGGUGCCGCAGACACCGACGAGAGACUCGGACUCCGCGCCGAGCUAUCCCGCACCAGCGCCUCCCCCUGGCCCCUCGACGAACUUUGGCGGCAGCACUCACGGGGGCGGCUCGCCAUACGGUGGGAAUUCGCCCUACGGUGGAAACUCGCCCUACGGCGGAAGCUCGCCCUACGGCGGGAAUUCCCCAUACGGUGGAAGCUCCCCCAACGGCGGGAAUUCCCCAUACGGUGGGAGUUCCCCGUACGGCGGGAAUUCCCCCUACGGCGGAAACUCGCCGUACGGGGGCAGCUCAAACCGCGGCGGGAAUAACCCGUACGGCGGCGGCUCCCCCUACGGCGGUUCAAACCCGACCGCCACUAAGGGCCCGUUAGACAGCAUAUUCAACACGCUCAACAACUUCGGCGGCGGGGGCGCGGGUGGCGGCUCGGGCGCCGGCCUAUCCAACAUAUUCGGCAACAUCCUCGGCAACCUCUCGAAGAGCGGCGGUCUGAACGGGCUGUUCAACACGAGACCGAUAAUGGAGAACCCCAGCUACCCCUCGUACAGCUCCAACUCGAGGAGCUCUAACAGCCAGCAGUACCCGUCGGGGCAGCCCGCGUACCAAGCGCCGAGCCAGAACGUGAACUACGCGCAAAGCCACGCGCGCCACAACGCCGCCACCACGCGCAAGCCGGCCUCCUACGGCUGGAACCUCGGUGUGACCAUAAUGUUGACUUACCUGCUACAACAAUAUAUCCACAGUGUGAUACGCCAG